CGUUAUUUUGAAGGUCAAAUUGAUUAUGAUGCGCUCGACGUAGAAAUUUUUUGCUCGGUACAAGAUUUGGUUCGUGGGCCUCUAAUUGUGCCAAGACAAAUUCCGUUUGAGUUAGAAAUGUUUAGAACACACAUUAUUGGUACUAUACGGAAAGUGACUGGCGCUCCACUUUCUCCACCAACGAUGCCCCCAAAAUGUGACGGCUCUGAACCCUUGCAGUGGUUAGGAAAGGGUGGAAGACACCACCACACUACCUACCCCAACUAUGGAGGAUGCACUUGGAGCAAAGAAAUUCCGCACUGGACCACGUGGUGAAGAUGAGGUGAGCAGUGUAUUUGAAGCCAUGAAUGAAGAUAACGGGAAGCCCAACACUGUGGAAGUAAUUGAUGAUGAUCGUAAGCAUGCAGAUGUUGCUAAGAACUACAAGCCAGAUCCUAUUUUUAAGGAUAUCGAUACCUCGCUUGAUGUGGUCAUGGCAGAGUAUAAAGUUUCAAGAUGUGAUGACAAAGUAGCAGAUGAAGAGUUUCUCAAAGUUGACAACUCAAUUUCAUUGGAUACCCUCAAGUUGUUUGACCUCGAUGAUAUUGAAAAGUUUGAAUACUUAGCUCCCUUGCGAGUAGUCCGCCACCUAUUUGGUUUUGCCUCAACUAUCCUUUGUUACGCUUCAAUUGUUGAGGUUUGUAAUGAUGGGUCACCAGGGGGAGAUCUUCUUUGGCUCAACCAUUUUCCUUUUGUCCAGAAGCACGAGUGGGAGCCUCCACCUUGAGGACAAGGUGGCUUUCUAAGGAG